AUGAGGAUCAAAUACACCAUACCCAUCGUUUUUUUUGUGGCGCUCGUUAUCAUCGAGAAGGAGAACAACAUUAUCUCAAGGGUGUCGGAUAAACUGGCCUCGAAGCAGACCCCCCAGACCCCGAUACAGCCCUCUGCGGACGUGCUGCUGAAGCAAAAUGUUUCUUUCUACCCCGCGGGCAAGCUCAGCUCACCCUUCAUGCUGAUGAAGCGGCGCCUAGAGAACUACAGUGACUACUGGCAAGGGGUGGCAAAUGGCAGGAAAGACAUUCUUCUUCUGGCCACGACCAGAACCGGUUCGUCCUUUGUGGGCGAAUUUUUUAACCAGCAGGGCGACAACAUGUUUUACCUCUUUGAGCCUCUGUGGCAUGUGGAAAAGAUGCUGACGCUGGAGACAGGCGGUACAAACGCCACAGCUGCCGCCAAAGCGUACCGCGACGUUCUCAGACAGCUCUUCCUGUGCGACUUUUCACUGUUGGAGAGCUUCAUCGAGCCUCGCCCCGUGGAUCACAUCACCGCCUCGCUCUUCCGUAGGGGAUCCAGCAGCUCCCUGUGCGAAGAGUCCAUCUGCAGCCCCUUCGUCAAAGGGGUCUUUGAGCGCUACCACUGCAUGAGCAGGCGCUGCGGGCCCCUCAACCUUACCGCCGCAUCUGAGUCGUGCAUUCAGAAAGAACACAGAGCCAUCAAGUCAGUAAGGGUGCGCCAGCUGGAAACGCUCCGUCCCCUGGCCGAGGACCCUCGUCUGGAUAUGAAAUUCAUCCAACUGGUUCGGGAUCCCCGGGCGGUACUAGCCUCUCGCAUGGUGGCCUUUGCCCCCAAAUACAACAACUGGAAGGAGUGGGCCGUGAAUAGUGACGUGCCUAUGGACGAUGACGAGGUGAAGAAGCUGAAAGUUAACUGCAACAACAUUAGGAUGUCAGCAGAGAUGGGCCUCAGGCAGCCUGCUUGGCUGCGCGGCCGCUACAUGCUAGUGCGCUACGAGGAUGUUGCUCGGUUCCCCAUGAGGAAAGCAGCUGAGAUGUAUCAGUUCGCCGGGAUCCCGUUCACGCCGCAGGUCAAAGCGUGGAUCCUGAAAAGUACGCAGGCCUCCAAGGAGACCGACGGCGUUUACUCCACUCAGAAGAACUCCGCCGAGCAAGUGGAGAAGUGGCGCUUCAGUUUGCCCUUCAAGAUAGUCCAGGUGGUCCAGAAAGUCUGCGGGCCCACACUGAAACUCUUCGGGUACAAAUUUGUCAUGAGUGAAGAGAUGCUAACCGACAAGUCGAUCAGUUUGAUCGAAGAUGUUUUGUAG